AUGGAAACAAACUUCUUUUUGUUCAAUGAUCCUUCUGCUCAAAAUCAAAUUCCAAACGGGGCUGGGUAUAACAAUGAUGGACAGCAAAAUCUAGAUUAAAAUCAACAAGAAAUUUAGAAUAUAAUAAUUACCACUUGCUAUGAACUUGCUUAAAAGCCAGAGGUUAAGUUGAGUUCAGGAUCUUUUGCUGAACGUAAAUCUCAAUAUUUAAUGAUGUAGAGUAUAUUGCCUGUAAGAAAUGGAGGGCUAGGUGGGAAAUCUUUGUUUGUGAUUACAGGAAAACAUUUGAACGAGAAGAGAUUCAAUGAAAUGAAAGAGUACUUCUUAAUUGAGCAUUAAGGAUUAACAACUGAAAAUGCUGUAAGAGACAACAUUAUAAUGAACUUUUGCAAAAAUUAAGAAGAAUACAACAAGGUCUUUCAUAAUCUAAAUUCUAGAGUUGAUGAGUAAAUAGUCUCUUUGUAAGCAAAUAUUUAGGGAGAAGAGAGAAGCAAGUUUAUCCAAAAACAUGCUAAGACUUUAAAAGCACUUGCAUAUAAGCAUGAUUUAACUUUGAUCAUAAUGAAUAAUGUAGUUGCUGAAGUUAAUCAUGAUCAGUCGUCUAAGGGAUUUUUCGAUAAUAAAUCGAAGGGCUAAGGUAUAUCACCAUCAUUGGGAAUAAAUUGGACUAAUUGUAUAAAUGAAAGAAUAAAUUUGAGAAGGAAGGGAACAAAUAUUGAUAAUAUAAGAAGAACUAUAGUAAUUGAAAAGAGUUCAUUUAUGAGGAAAUCUGAAUUAGAUUUUGAGAUUACAAACAAUGGAAUUCGAGGAAAACAUUGA